GAAUAUACCCUGCAUUGGGGGUUUAGGGUUGUCGCGAGGACGAAGAGGAGAAAGCAAUCCAAGGAAAUGGACGAUGGCGAAGUGGAUUUCUCCGACCACGAUAUCUUCUGCGGCGCCUCCAAUCUGGUAUGUGACGACGACCACAGCGCCAUGGAGAGCUUCCUGGACGAGAUCCUCAAGAGCACGCACACUUGUACGCAUACUCACACUUGCAAUCCUCCCGGCCCGGACAAGACGCACACGCACACUUGCUUCCACACGCACACGCAGCUCUUCGCAUCGCCGGAGGAGGGCUCCUCGCACCAAAAGGAGGAAGAAGACCAUCAUCGCCCAGGCUCUGAAGCUCUAGGUCCCGGCAGCAUUGCUACCGCCGCUACCACCGCCACCACCGCCGCCGCAGCGCCGCAAUCCAGCAAGAAGCGGCCGCUGGGGAACCGCGAGGCCGUGCGAAAGUACCGUGAGAAGAAGAAGGCUCACGCCGCCUAUCUCGAAGAACAGGUUGCGCAGCUCAAAGCGCUCAACCAGCAGCUUGUCAAGAGGCUCCAGGGCCAGGCGGCGCUCGAGGCGGAGGUGGCGAGGCUGCGAGCUCUCCUGUCCGAGUUCCGGGGGAGGAUCGACGCGGAGCUCGGGUGCUUCCCGUUCAAGCGGCCAUGCAGCACGAAUGGCCGCGGUGGCGGCGGUGGCGGCGGCGCCGCUGCGAACGGUGACGAGUGUUCUCCGCAGCUCCAGGCGCUCUCCGGCGGAUUCUACCUCAACAGCGUGUCCGUCCCGUGCGACGCCGACGUCCCGUGCUUCCAUGGCGACUCUACGAGCUCGCAGCCGCAGCUCCAUGGAGGGAAAGGCGCCAUAGCUUGCGACUACGUCUCGGAGAGCUGCCAGGGAACUUUGGGAGACUCGGAGGGUGGAAUACAAUGAUCGCUGAAUUGAUUCUCACCACCGGUCGAUGGUUUGUGAGGAAAAUUACGACGAGAAAAGGUGGUGGCAUAUUCUACUAUGGGAGAAUAUUCACGAGAGGAUUCCCUAUAGGGUGCAUUGCAUCGCCGGUCAAGCUUUGGCAUCGGCACACUCAGCAGCACACUAACGAAGAAAAGUAGGAGCAGGGAAAGCAGGGAAAGCACGGAAAAGCACGAAAGCUUUUUUGGUUAUCCUAGGAGGCUUUUGUGACAGCUUCUGGGUCGUCAGCGGCUACGCGAAGAAACGAAUUUAAAAA